UUUCCCAUAAGAAAAAAAAGAAGAAAAACACACACAUUUAACGUUUCGGUCGCUCCUGCUGCUGUGUGUGCGUGUGUGAACGAACCAAAUAUAUACACACACGAGCGCUGGGAGGACAGUGAAAUCGAAUUUGCUGUUUAUAUAGCACAAUUCGAUGGCUGAUAAUGCCGCCGCCGUCGCCGAAAAAUCGGUUGCCCAAUAUCGCUAGCAUCAGAACGGGAAAGAGAACGAGUGCGAUUCCGAGUACGUUUCCCACAAAGUAUCGUGGUCGUCGUCGUCGUCGUUGUCCUGCUGCCGUGCCCCGCCCCCUUCGCCCGCGACACCGCCCCCUCUGCGCCGUACGCACGCAUCGAUUUGGGCUAAACGUUAGAUACCUCCUAACGCAGUUGUUAGGGUGGAAAGAACGGCCAGGGAAAAUUGAAUGCGCUACACUGCUGGGCGAGCUGCAAUGCCGUGCUUAAAUGCAAUGCGCUGAUACGGAUCCGGUGCCGCUCCUGGUCUGGUCCGCAUCCAAGCGAAAAACUGCGAAUAGAACAAAACAACAAAACCGAAAACAAUCUCGUGAAAUCCCGGAAUACAGUGCAAUACAACGAAACGAAACAGAACAAAACGAAACGGACGGAACGUAUCGAAAGGCAGGAGGAUAGACCAAAUCAAGACCAAGAAAUCCAAGUGGAAAGUGUUGUGUUGUGGAGUGGUAGUGAUGAUAUAGCUAUUGGCCAAAACAAUACAUCCCGAUAACAGAAAGAGAGAGAUCAAUUCGAGGAGUUGAAAAUGUUUAUUGUAUAAUUUCCAAUUGAGCAGGUGUGCGUGCGAGUGUGUGCGUAUGUGUGUGUGUGAGUAGUUUUUGUUUUUCGCUGCUUCUUCUUGCGGUUUAUUUGUCAACAAAAAGAAGAAGGAAGAACGAAGCAGUCUGCGUGCAGUAGUAAAUUGUUGUUCGCCCCGCACUGCUUGCAGGAGUGGCGAAGCAGAUAACUUGUGCAACGCAACCACGGACGACCCAGUGGCCUCCACAUGAAGACCAUGUCGCGCUUCGGCCUGCGCCGUGGAUUCAAGUUCUCGGAGGAGCAGGUCAACGGCAAGAAUCCAAUUGGACCGGCAACGACUCCAGCCUCGACCGUUGCCGCAUCCAAUCCGCGCAAGAAACGGCAGACCCGGCAGGAGGAGGAUGUGGACGCGGAACAGGAAGAGGUGGAGCCGCACGAGGAUCAGCCGGAGGCGGAACAGGAACCGCUCUCGCUGAUCUGCAGUCUGCCGCUGGAGCGCCUGCCCCGUUUGGUGGAGAAGCUACAUCAGAUGACGGAGGAACGGGAACGAGAACGGGAGAGGGAGCGCGAGCGGGAAGAGGCCGCCGGCCUGGGUGGAACCGCGCACUCGAAGGUCCUGUGUCUGUACUGUGAUAGGAAGUUCGCCUCCGGCAAGCUGCAGGCCAAGCAUGUGGAGAAGUUCCACACCGAGCGGCAGGAGCGACGCUGCAGCGGUCGUUCCACCAGCUCUAAUUCCCAUCCCGCCGGCGGCUUCCCCGGCUGCCAGUGGUGCAGCCAGCAGGGCAAUCGACGCCAGGCCACGCCCCCGCAGAUUUGCCUGCCGGCCAAGCAUCUGGAGCAGCUGUUCCAGCACCUUAGCGAGCAGCAUGCGGAUAAGUAUUUCGGCUGCCAGCAGUGUCGCCUGCGGUUUCAGGACGCGGAUCACCUGUUGGGACACCAGCGCCAGCAACAUCCGCUGCAGCAUCCGGACGAUGGUCAUGCUCCCAAGCCGGGUCUAAUGGGUGCCGACGAACCGGUACUCUUUCGACUCGGUCUUACCCAGAACCGUCUGCCCAGCCAUCGGAAUCGAAACCAGCGCAAGGAGGAGGAACCGCCGCCCCUGGCCACGCCUAGCAGCAAAUCUCGGAGCAGCAGUCGGGCGGCAGCGCAGCGACAGCAACAGAAUCAGCAUCAACAGUCGCAGACACAUCAGCAGACCGCUGCGGCGGGAACUAUGGCUCUACAGGAAGCUGUCAAUCCGGAUGCAGUCUUCCGGCUGCCAGCCAGCAUGGCCUGCGUCUCAUCCUCCGCCUCCGUCGCCAACUCAUUGUUCGAUGACAAGUUCUACAAGGAUGUGAUCUUUAAUGUGCGCCACAACCUCCAGAAUCACCUUGACGGACGGCUGUUCACCUCUUCUACGACGUUAUCCACAACGUCAGCUUCAACGUCGUCCGCAUCCCAGAAGCCAGACCUCAUCAUGCUGCACGGACCCAGCCAGCUGGGACCUGGCGGUGCUUCCUAUCCCACGUUGCUGACCUCGGAUCAAUUUGGCGGCACGGGGGAACUGCUGCCGCUGGCCAAAUUCCGCCGGAGACCACAUACGAAGCACAGCUGGAAGUGGAAGUGGGACUACGUGAAGAAGUUCACGCUGAUCAACGAGGGCGGGCGGCUGGUGAAGAAGUUAAAGCAGCCAAACUACUUGGGCCUGCGCGAUCUCUCCAAGCUGGACAUGUGGACGCAACUGACAAUGCGCCAGAAGCACGAUCUCUCGCUCUCAUUGGCGGAGGAGCAGAACCAGGAGCAGCGUCGCCUGCUGGAGCAGCUCAAUCUCAUCCUGGACCACCGCCUGCUGCCGCACAUCAUCCUGGAGCAGAACGAGCAGGCGGUCAUCAAGUGCGAGAACGAGGAGGAGGAUGAGGGCCUGGACUCGCAUCCUGGUGACGAUCUGCUGCCGCAGACAUUUGCCGACGAGAGUUUUCUCUCCCUGCUGCAGCUUCAGCCCAGAAGCGGGACCAGCGAUCAGGAUCGGCAGCGGGAACGGGAGAGGGACCAGCGAGAGCGUAGCAGGAACCGAAAGGCCGUCGUGCUCAGCGGCGAGUGGGCACGGCCGCGACUCUACCUGUGCAUCUGUUGCGGCGCCAAGUUCGACCAGCGCAAGUCGCUGGAGGAGCACAAGACCUUUCGCCACUCGCACAUCUACGCCACGCACUACGAGGUCGUGGGACGCGAGCUGCUGGCCGGCAAUCUGCUGCGCCACCUCUUCAUCCCGAAACGGGCACUGGGACGCUUUGCCGCCGCGAGCAACUGCAUCCGUUGGCCGCAGAUUGCGCCGGCCGCAACAGUGCAGCAGCCAAAGCAGGAGCAGGUGCAACCGGAGGAGGAGACCAGAUCGUCUGUCUCCUCGCGCUCAUCAUACGAGGUGUCUACGCCGACUCCGCUCUCGGCACUGGAGCAGCAACAACCAUCACCGGCCUCCGGAUCGGGCAAUGCGUCUUCAUCGUCGUCCUGCUCGCCCAGUUCAUCCUCCGCCUCCACGCUGCUGUCCACCGCCCGCACCUCGAUAUCCAACUCCACCUGCACCUCCUCCGCUGCCACCACGACGCUGUCGUCCUCCUCGUCCGCUCCUUCCAGUUGCACCAAGUGCGGCCGCAAGUGCAGCGGCCUCAUGGAUCUCUACCGCCACAUGUUGGACUGCUCCGGCGACUAUGUAUGGUCGCUGGCCAAGAAGCGCAAGUAUCGCUACUACUGCGGCACCAAAAAGCGACGUGCCUUCUCCAAGAAGCCGCUCAAGCAGCUUUCCGCCCGAAAGAAGGAAAAGCUGGAAGUGGAAGUGGAGGAGGGAACGGGCGAUGGCGAUGCCGAGGGCGAAGGCGAUGGUGAGGCGGAGGGUGAGGAGAGCGUGUCCAGUUCAUCCAAGUUGAAGAACUCGCCACGCCAAAGACCCAGCGAUGCUGAAUCCAUUCGAAAAAUGCUAGAGAACCUGCCCGCCAAGCGCAUCUGCAAGAAGAUCUUCCCCGUGGACAAUAAGGCCAAGCGCAAGGCCAAGAACAAGGCCAAGUCCAUGGCCAAGUCGCUGGUCAAGUCGAAAUCCAAGCAGCAGCGCAGCAGCACCAAGAGAAUCUACAAUCAGCACCUGCUGCGCACCACCAGAUCCCGUUCGAGAUCAUCUGUGGUGGCCACCGGCUCCUCGGCCGCUGCUGUUGCCGCACAGCAGCAGCGCAGUCGCCGCAAGCAGAAGCAGCAACAACAAAAGCAGCAGCAGCAGCAGCAAAAGCAAAAGGCCAAACUGGAGAAGGUGAAAUCUCCGCCAGAACCGCCGGUUUCAGUGGAAACAGAUCCAACAAAGCCGGAGGCGAAACCGCCCACACCGACAGUCACUGCCAAGUCACGAUCUCCCGCUGAGGAAAAGCCAUCCUUGCGGCUGGAGCUAUCACAAACUCUUUCGGAGGCAGCUGCUCCACCCGCCUCCGUUCAUGGAUCAGAGCCCGCGUCGCCCACUCCCAGCAAGCAGCUAAUGCCCACACCGCCCACUACCCCAGCGCCAGCCACCAAAUCCCCGCCAGCUGCUGCAGCCAUGGCUUCUCCCUUCUCCGGCACCAAUCGACUGGCGACGCCGAACUCGACUGUAAAGCGCAGCAAGAGGAUUAGCGACUGCAUAGCCAUGCUCACCGGCAAACUGGAGGAGAAGCUCAAAACGGAGCAAGUGCCUCCGCCUGCGCCGCUGGAUAAGGAAAAGGAGAAACUCCAGCAGGAUAAGCCAGCUGAAAAGCACGACAAGGAACCGAAACCAAUGGAGUCACCUGCAGCCGCAGUGGAUGCCGAAAAGGAGCGAGUGCAGCCAAAGACGCCCAAACGCAAGGCGGUGUCACGGCGCAUAAUCAAAGUGGAUGCCACCCCAGAGUCGAUACAGGUGCCGAUCCAGAUGCAGAAGGCACCGGCAAUGGAGCUGCCAGAAGCAAUUACCAUACCACCUGCCGUUCCACCCCCUGCACUUGCUCCACCAACUUUGAUUGCCGCUCCUGCUCCUCCAGUCCUGCAGCCACCCAUAUUUGCCAGCAUGCCAGUGCCUGCGCCUGCUCCUGCGCCAGUUGCUCCACCACCAGCCGUGGCACCAGCUCCUCUGCCAGUCGCUGCACUUGUUCCUCUGCCAGUCACUGCACCCGCUCCUCCGCCAGUCGCCGCUGCUUUGGCUCAUCCGCCGACGAGACGAACGCCCACCAAGGCGGCGGCCAAACAGAUGGGUGCCCCACCACCCAAACCACCAGCUUCGUUGGCCGCCCUGAAGCAGUAUCCUCCGCUGGAACCGACGCUGCCAGUGCCGGCUCCGAAUCCAACGCCCGUUCCUGUGGCCGUUCCUCUCGCGCCUGUGCCUGUGCCCGUACCGGUACCCGUGCCCGUGGCAAUGCCGUUGGGAAUGCAGGGAAUGACAGUGCCUGUGAAUGUUAACAUGCUACCCAAACUGCCGCUGUAUAUGCCACAACUGCAAGCACCUGCAAAUCCCAAUCCCGCACCCACAGCAAUGUACGUCAUGGCGGAUCAUCAGCCGCUGAAUCUCACCAGUCAGCGAGGAGUGCUCCAAAAGCCAUUGAUUUCUGGCACCACGGGGGAUCCGGGACUCGUCGGACUGCCGCACCAUCGUGCUGGCGGUAUGCCCGCCAGGCGGCAGACGAUCUGUGGUUUCGAGGCCCGAAAUCUGAUCGGCUUGGACAUGGAAAUGGAGCCGCUGGAUUUGUCAAAGAAGUCGAGCAGAAAGCCGUCACCGGUGCCGCCGCCAAGAAUGCAGCAAGAGUUGUCAAUGCCACUGGUGCCACUGCCCUUGGUGACGGGUGCAAAUGCGCUGGCGCCGCAACCGCAGUCAGGUGGUGCAGCACUUACGACGCCAGGUGGUGUUGCUCCAGUGCCCUGCCAGCUGCCCAUAGCAGGCGGAGUGCCGGCACCACUGGCCUCGCACUAUUACUCCAACUUGGAUCUGCUGAAGAUCCCACAGGUGCGCAAUCCUGGCACUGGCGUGGUGGUGCCCUCCAGUGGUCCACCACCACCAGUUUCGGUGUCCGCAACAGUUGCAGUGCCCGUUCAUCCCGCCAAGAGCUCGGGUGGCAAGAAGCGCUCAACGGAGGGAACGGGCAGCUCCAAAAAGGAUCACGGAAAGGGUCAGGCCAAGGCGUGUCCUCGCAUGGAUGAGGUGGUCAACAACCAUAUCGACGAUGCGAUCAACUCGGUUAUCAUGGCUGUACAAGCGAGCUUUCCGGACGACGAUGAGGAGGAGCAGCAGGCCAAAAAGGAAAAGGAAAGAGAGAGAGAACGCGAAAAGGAGAGGGAGAAGGAAAAGGAAAAGCUGGAAGAACUGCCUCCCAAGUCGAGCAACUGCAUCAUGCCGUUGCAACCCUCCGCAGAGGUGCUGUCGUCGGCAGCCCUGGACAAAUCCCAACCUCUAAAUGCUGUUCUCCCUAUUGUCGCUCCACCUGCUGCUCUGGUGCCAGUGGCACCUGCUCCGCAGCCAGUGCCUGUCAAGAAUCUGACGCCUAAGAAGCGUUCCAUGCGCUCGCGAACCAUCGACUGUCGCUCCGCCCUGCUCGCCUUGGAGGAAACUCUGCCGGCCGCAUCCAUGCAGCAGUGCAUCCCGUUGCCGGUGAAUGGCGAUGCGAAAGUAGAGUUGCCAGCGCUGCCGGAUGCAAUCCCAGCGCCUGCACCCGCUGCUGUAGUUUGCCCACAACUGCCCAUUCAGGUUCAAGCUCCAAUAACGAGUCUCAGGGACAAGAAGGUGGAAACUGUAAAUGUAAUGGCUACCAAUCCGAUGACGAUUUCGGCAGCUACUCCGCCAGUGGAGUCUCCGGAAUCGCCGGAUCCUGUUAUGCCAGUGAGCCUGCCGCAGCCGGAGACGUCUGUUCCUGCACCAGUGCCCGUCUCCGUCAUCUCGGUGGCGCCCGCCGUGCCACUACCAGCACGCACAGCGACACCACCGCCCACCACGAUGGCGGAGACGAACUGCAGCUCCCUGAUGGAGGAGCACUGCAGCAAUCUGAACAACAACACCUCGUCGGGCUUCCAUAGCCUCGCCCAAUCGGAGCAGCCGAUUCCAACGGCGACGACGCCAGCUGAUGAACCUCCGCCGAUCAAGGAGGAUGAGGAGCUGCCCGCCAAAAAGAAGCAACGUCGUCGGCGAAAGAACGAACUGGCCGCCAUUGUGGCCGAUCAAUUGCUGGAAAGCUUUAAGAUCGACAAUGCCCGCAGGGAUAACCUCAAGAAGCUGGAGAAUCUGGCGUACGAGAAAAGCGAGGAUUUGCUGCUCACCGGAAUGCUGCUGAUGUCCAGCACCAAGCGGAAUGCAGCAUUGGGACCAUCCUCCGCGGCUGCCGCGAAGCUGGCAAAGAAGGAGGCGGCCGAGACAGUCGCGGAGUCACCAGCUAAUCCGCCCGUGCGCGGCAGGCCAAAGCGUCGCCAGAGUUGCUACUAUCGAAGGGGCAAGGCUGGAGGAGUUGGUGGCGUUGGCAAGGCCACCAAUGAGAAUAUCAGUCUGCUCAAAUCCUCGCUGGAGUCCUUCUCCAUUGGCAUCGAGAAGCAGCUGUUGGCCAAGGAGGCGAGGGAGGCUAAGGAGGCGCAGCCGGCGGGUGGAAACAAUCAGGCCCAGCUGCCCGUUAGCUCCAUUCUACGGCCCAGCAUCCUGAGCAGCGCCGUGGCCAGGGAGCAACAGUUGACGAGGCUGCAGCAGAGUAAGCUGGAGAAACAGGAGCAGCUACCUCCGGCGGCCACUUUCAGUCGGGAUCCGCGGCUCAACAAGAACAUACACAAGGAGCAGGCGGAGCACAAGGUGCCAGCCAAGGAGCAGCCAGCGGCGGCGACAAACGAGAGUCCCGAGGAGGAUGACAACUACCUCACGGAGAUUGCGAAGAACGUUAACGAGAAGAUCAUGUCGGCCACCACCAACGAGGACUUUGAGUUUGCUCACGACGAGUUCGACGGCGAAGGAGAUCCCGACCAGGAUCAGGACCAGGACAAAUACUAUCGCCCGCCCACCUCGAUGAGUGUGCGCAGUGCUCCGAAUCUGAAUGAUGAGCACUCGAACUUUGGUUCCAUGUGCGACGAUAACACGAACACCGAGGUGAUGGACAUGGAUCUGGACGAUGAGAUGAGCGUGUACACUAGUUACUCCCAGGAUCUGGGACGUGGCGGACGCGGCCGCCGAAGAAGGAGGCGAAGGAGUGUGCUGCUCACGCGACGUCCCAAGAAACGGACGCAGCGCAGCGAACUAGAUGCCGAAAAAUACGGUUGCAAGCUGUGCGGCAAAAGCUUCUUCACCUCCACCUCGCUGUCCAAGCACAACAUGACCCUGGCCCACGUGUCCAAGGUGUCUGCCCAGGAGUACCUGCAGUCGCAGACGGCGCCGUCUAGUCCGCAAGAUACGCACGAUCUGGAAAACAAGAGGGAACGCCCAGCUGAGGCGAUGAUGCGGCAUGAGGAGGAGCAGCCGGCGACAGCUCAGCAGCAGAUGAGAGCCUCGGUCCUCAUGGCGCCCGCUCAGAUGGCCCAUCAGGAAAGGGAACGGGAGCGGGAGCUGCAGAGGGUCCAGGAGCAGGAGAGGAUACAGCUGCAAAGGGAGCAGGAGCAUCGCCAUCAGCAGCAGCAGCAAGAGCAAGUGCAUCAUGUUAUCACGGAGGCAAGUCUGCGGCUGCACGACAACCAGCACAGUCCCACAGCUCCGACCGCCUCUCGCCUCAAUCUCAAUCCCGACGAGCGCCUGUUCUACGAGUGCUGCAAUAUACUGAAGAGCGCAGAGACGCCACGUCCGCAUCCCGGCGGCGGGGCUGGUCCAGCCACCACCUCGGUGAUCGUGACGGCAGGCAGAAAGCAACCACCGCCGCCUCCAGCAUCACCCUCGCCAUCUCGAUCAUCCUCGCUGCCGCCACCGGCUUCACCUUCGCCAUCGCUUCCUCCACCUGCGUCGCCAUCGCUUUCCCUGCCACCUCCAGCCUCUCCGUCGCCGUCUCCCUCGCCGCCGCCACCUGUCGAGGCACCGCCUCCGGCACCAGCACCUGCUGCUCAGUCAGCGCCAACGGUGUGCCACCAGCCGGUCAUCCAACAGCUGUUCCGGAACCCGCCAGCAGUCACCCCCACCACCACGCCCACCAACCACAAUCGGCUCUCGCCCAGCUACUCGGCUGUGUCCCAGUUUUCGGCCACCACCACGUCCCGCUUCAAGACGAAGGCCGCCAUGAAGGGCUACGAGAACGUGAACCUGCAGAUGGACAUGCUGGAGCUGGCCAAGUCGGGUCGUGGAGUCUGCAAGCUAACGGAAUUGGCGGACAUUGCGCUGGGAAGUGAGAAACCAGGUGGAGACUUUCUGCCCCAUUUGCCGCCUGCACCGGUGGCUCCGACGGUGUCAUCUCUACCGCCUGCGAACCAACAGACGCCCACGCCAACACCCACGCCCACGGGCACGCCCACAGUGACGCCCACGGGCCCGAUGGAGCAGCAGCAGAGUUCCACAUCCUCGAAGACCAUCAUGCACGCGUCCAUUAUCAAGGCGGCGGCGGGUGUGGCCAGCUCGGCCACGCUGCCACCAGCAUCCGGAAGGAUUAUCAUACCCGACCGGCCGUUCAAGAACAUUGGACUGGAGGAGAAGGCGCCCAUAACGUUCCAGAAGCCCAAGACGUGCGUGAAUCUGCUGCAGGAGCAGGACAACAACAGCGUUUCGACGGCCAGCUACUCGGAUCGUGAUGACUACGACUUCGGGACCCUGAGCUGCGAUGGUGAUGUGGAUCCGGAGCCAGAACCAGAGGUCAGAGGUGGAGUCGUCGCCCCAGGGCGAGUGGCUCAACCGCAGGCAGGAGGACGUGCCGUUUCCACAUCCAGUUCAUCGUCCUCCUCAUCCUCGUCGGCGGAAAACAGCAGAACGGGCAGCCGGAGUAGCAGCAGCAGUUCUAGUCGGGCCACGGCCAAAACCUUCGAGAACAAGUCACUUAUCAUGGGACGGAUUUUCAAGCACGCCAGCAGUGCCAAGGCCGCGCCAGCGAUUGCCCCCUCGGCGGCCCUGCUCCCGGGUCCCAGUGUGGUGCCCGGAAUGGCGAAGAUCAAGGCGCUGCCCAAGAACCAAGCCAAUCUCGACCAGAUCUUCGAUGAGUUGCGUGGCGGCAGCGGAGCGGCCAAGGCAUCUGAAAUGGAGGCACAACCCACACUGGUGCAGGAGAGCUGGGAUCGGCAUCAUCCGCAGCAGAUGCAGCCACACCACCACCAUCAGCAGCAGCAGCAUCAUCAUCAUCACCAUCAUCACCACCACCACCAUCAGGUGGAGCCCAUGGCGGCGCCAGCAGCUCCGGCAGCGCCGGCGGCAAUGCCAGCACCUAGUGCAUUACCACCGGGCAGGAAGCCAAAGAACUCCACGGCCAACACUGCCAAGAAGGCAACCAACAAAUCCGCACCGACCAAGACAAAGGGGAAAUCAAAGGUGGAAGCUGUUGCUUCCGGUUCUUCCUCGUCCAAUCGCAAACCACGAAAGGAUUUGAGCAAGCUGCAGUCCGAACUAGGCAUGAGUCACGAAGAGAUCGAGCAGCUGAUCGACGAGGGACAGCGCAAGUCCAAGCGUCGCUGUGCCACCAAUCGUCCCAAGAAACUGGUGGAGACUUGGAGCUCCGAUGAGUACGAGGAGUUCCUGUCCACCAAGGACAUAAUAGCGCUGAUUGAGCAGAAGGAGCAGCUGGAACAGAAGCGUAAGCGCAAGACCAGCGAGGCGAAUACCCAGCCGGAGCCAGUUGCUCCACCUGUGGCCAGCAAAAAAUCCCAGACACCUCAGGCGACCACAGGAAAGCGGAAGAAUCGCGCCAGCGAAAGAAAACCUGCACCUGUCGAGCCGGAGCAACCAAAGCCACGUGCCAGGCAAAGAAACCAGCCACCGCCACCUGCACCAGCACAUGUGCCUCCCGUUGUCCAGCCUCCGCCAGCGUCAGAAGUGGUAACUCCCUCUGCCAGGGGAAAGUCCAAGGCAGCAGCCAAGAGCAAAACUCCAGCGGCCAAGACAACAAACAACCGCAAGAGGCGAUCCAAUGAAAAGUCAAGGGUGCAGGAAAGUAAGGAGGAUGAGGAAGAGAUGCCGGCGGAGGUGGAAGUGGAGCCACCAGCCAGGACACGCAGCUCCAGGCAGCAGCCCAAAGUAAAGGCCACUGAACCGGAGAAAGAACCAACGCCACCACUACCACAACCACCACUGCCCGCAGCUGCACAGGAACCUCAAAGGGAGAGAAGCAAGGUGCGUCACAGUAAUCAGCAGCAACCACUGCCGUCAGCACCGCAUCCCAGGAGCAGCUCCGCCGCCACGACCAGCAGCACCACCAAUAACAACAACAACAGCAGCAGCAGCAAUAAGAAUCUGAAGGGCAAGCGGAAAUCGCAGACCAGCCGGCAAUCGCCGGCGCGAAGAAAGCGGCCAGCAAGCGAGAAGCAGCUGUACUACUGGAGUAGCUCCAGCGACGAUGAGUUCGGACGCCUGGACGACGAGGUGGAGGCCGCAGACGGAGCAUCCCGCGGCGGAGGAGCAGGCAGCGAGCAGAGAGAUGGGGAUCGAAUGGAAAUGGAGCCGGAGGAGGCGUCGCCGUCGCCGGGCAAACACUUCGAGGAGAACGAGCCGUACCAGAAGCACGGCUGGAUCGUGGGCGACUCGCACAAGAAGCUCGUGAAGCUGCUGGCCAUCGCCAAGGGCAGCAAGAAGGGGGACAACUGCGGUGUCAAGCGGCGCACGCCCAAGCGCAAGUGCUAGGAGUGG